ACUUGUUGCAUCACAGACUGAAACAUUCUAUGGAAGGCGAGCGGGUGAGGAAAAGGUUCAUGUCUCUGCUCGAAGCCUCAGCAUCUGAAGUUAUCCGUCUGAUGCUCUACUAUUUUGGGUAUUCAGAUUAAUCCUGACUGAAUCAUGUCAGAAAAUAUACUGGAAGAAAUCUUCAUCAAACGAUCUCAGCAGAAGAAGAAGACCUCCCCUCUGAACUACAAGGAGAGAUGGUUUGUUCUCACCCCGGAAAAAAUAGCCUACUAUGAUUUUGAUUCUGACAAAGGGAAGCGAAAAGGUUUGAAGGGAUCGGUUGACCUCGAGAAGAUCAAAUGUGUGGAGUCGGUCCGGCCGGAGCUCAAUUCCCCGCAGGAGCGCAUGUACGCUUUCCAGAUCAUUUAUGACGAGGGGCCGUUGUACGUCUUUGCAAAGACAGACGAGACCCGGAUGCAGUGGAUAAAGAAGCUGAAAGAAAUGGUGCGCUUCAACAAGGAUCUCAUGCCGAAGUACCACCCUUGUUUCUGGGCGGAUGGGACGUGGCUUUGCUGCCAGCAGGAAGUCAAAGGUGCUAUGGGUUGCAAGGUGCUGAAUAGCAAGAACGGCUUUUCAUCCCAACGAGACAGAAGGGGAUCCAGGAAACCCCUUCCUCCUACCCCAACAGAGGAAAAGGCUGUUCGGCCUUUACCUCCACAGCCUCCCGAAGAACCUUCACCCUCUGUAGGCAUGACUGUCAUAGCAGAGUAUGAUUACACACCUAUGACACCCCAAGACCUGGAGUUGAGGAAGGACGAGGAGUACACCAUCUUGGAGAUGUCUGAUCAGAACUGGUGGAAAGCCCGGGACAAAUAUGGAAAGGAAGGAUACAUACCUUGUAAUUACGUUGUGGAAGCCACAAAUGGGCUAGAGAAAUUUGACUGGUAUUCCAAGAACAUGAACCGUAGCCAGGCAGAACACCUGUUGAAGACUGAGAAUAAAGAUGGUGGCUUCCUGAUACGGGACUCGAGCAAGGCCGGGAAAUACACUGUGUCUUUGUUCAGUAAGGGUGGCGGGGACUCUGUUGGAAGCUGCAGACACUAUAACAUCUGUACCACAGCACAGGGACAGUUCUACCUUGCAGAGAAACAUAAUUUUAGCACCAUCCCAGAACUCAUCAACUACCAUCAGCACAAUGCAGCAGGUAUGGUUAGCAGGCUGAAAUACAUCGUGUCGAACCGGGCACAGCCUCCAUCAACAGCAGGACUUGGCUAUGGUGUUUGGGAGAUUGACCCCCGCUACCUCACCUUCAUCAAGGAGCUGGGCACUGGUCAGUUUGGAGUGGUGAAGUAUGGAAAGUGGCAGGGCCAGCAUGACGUUGCCAUUAAAAUGAUUAAAGAGGGAUCCAUGUCUGAAGACGAAUUCAUAGAAGAAGCCAAAAUCAUGAUGAAGCUUCGCCAUGAAAACCUGGUCCAGCUGUACGGCGUGUGCACCAAACAGAAACCCAUUUAUAUAGUGACUGAGUUCCUUCCCAAUGGCUGCCUGCUGACGUACCUGAGGGAAGGCCUGACGCAGCACCCGACAGCUGUCCAGCUCCUGGAGAUGUGCAAAGACGUCUCCGAGGGCAUGGCCUAUCUCGAGUCCCAGCAGUACAUCCACAGAGACCUGGCGGCCAGGAACUGUUUAGUUGAUGCGAAUGGCACCAUCAAAGUGACUGACUUUGGACUUUCAAGGUAUGUCUUAGAUGAUGAGUACACAAGCUCAGCAGGUUCCAAGUUUCCUGUUCGUUGGUCACCUCCAGAGGUCCUCCUCUACUGCAAAUUCAGCAGCAAGUCAGACAUAUGGGCGUAUGGGGUUCUCCUGUGGGAGGUCUACACCCUGGGACGGCUUCCGUAUGAGCGCCUUAACAACACAGAAAUAGUUGAUCAGGUGUCUCGGGGCCUGCGCCUCUUCCGCCCCCAGCUGGCUAAUGAAAAGGUCUACAGCCUCAUGACAACCUGUUGGCUAGAGAAAGCAGAUGAGAGACCCACCUUUCAGGAGCUGGCACUCACGGUUCAGGAUUUGUUGUACGAGCUCCAGUAGAUCUCAAGAUAUUCCCAACACACACCCUGAGGGUUUUCUCUGGUCCCCACAGAGCAUUAUCUCCUUCUGUCCCCGGAAAGUCAAGGGCAACAAGUCGAACAUGGAAGUGACACUGGUGUCCUCUGUAAUGUGAAUAUAUGUAAUACAAAUGCCGCUAUAACUUCCUACAUAGAUACAUACGUACUAAUGUAAUGUAUUAUAUUACUAGAAGUACAGUCCUAGAGGCUAGCAUUGGAAAUAUGUAUAUGUUAUUGUUGGUUACCUGACUUUAUUGAAUCCUGUGUGUUUUAUUCUAUGGAAUCAUUGUCAAAUGUAUACACCUUUGCAUGUGGAGGCGAAGCUUUGUGAGAACAUAUCUAUUGCACAAAUAAAAGCCAAGUAUGCCGGGCUUUGAAAAUUACUAAGAAUAAAAUGACAACGUGUCAAAACAUCUGGUAAACCU